GUUUACAAAAAGGGAAGAAAACAUGAAGGUAUGGAGGAGGGCCGUGGGGGUUCUGAAAGACAAGAACAGCAUAUACCUUGCCGGGCUAUCCCGGCGGACCCCGUACCGGAAUCCUCACGUCGAGGCCAUCGUCAUAAAGGCGACAAGCCACGACGACUCUUCGGUCGAUUACAAGAACUUCCAGAGGGUCUACCAAUGGGCAAGAACCUCCCCUCUCUACAUGAAACCCCUCAUAUCGUCUCUCUCCACUCGCAUGGAGAAAACCCGCAGCUGGAUCGUCGCCCUCAAGGGCCUCAUGCUCAUCCACGGCGUCUUCUGCUGUAAGAUCCCCGCCGUCCAGCGCAUCGGACGGCUUCCCUUCGACCUUUCAAGCUUCACCGACGGCCACUCCACCAGAGCCUGGGGAUUCAACGCCUUCGUCCGCGCUUAUUUCGCUUAUUUGGAUAAAAGAUCGACGCUCGUGUCGUCCGAGAUCCUUAAACCGCCUUCACCGGUAGAAGCACCGUUGUCGGAGGAGCUCCAGAGGCUCGUGACAUGGCAAUCCCUAUUUGAUCUUCUACUCCAGGUUAAACCGCAAACGGAAAAUAUGAUAAACGUGGGUCUGAUUUUUGAAGCCAUGAUAUGCAUUGUAACCGAGGUUUUGGAGGUUUAUAGCAGAAUCUGCAGAGGGAUUGCUCGAGCUCUGUUGAGGGUUUACGAUUCGCCCGGAAAGAAGGUCGAGGAGGCGCGUUUGGCGCUGGGAAUUCUGCAAAAAGCGACGGUUCAAGGCGACGAGCUUUCUUUGUUCUUUGAGCUCUGCAGUGCAAUGGGUGUUCUUAAUGCUUCUUGUUGUCCAACAAUUGAAAGAAUCCCGGAGGAAGAUGUUAGAGAUCUCGAGCGGAUAAUCAACGGUUCGGUUUCGAAGAAGGAAAAUAUAAUUUUGGAUGAUUGUGAUGUGAAGGACAAUGAUAAUGAUGAUCAGAAGGCGAUUGUGGUGAUCAGACAAGAUCAAGAUGAUCAUGGUAAAAGUGAAUCCAUGAAGACCAUCGUUACUGACAAAUGGGAAGUUUUUGAUGAGGAAUAUUUUCCCAGAUUGGUGACCAAUGAAGAGAAAGGGGUUUCUGAUGUGACGAGAGUUAAUAAUAUUUGGGUAGAAGAUGGUAUAAAUCAUGUGAUGCCUCCUCAACUUGCAUGUAAAUUUCUUCCGGAUUUAAUUAGUUUUCAGUAGGGAUGUCAAUGGGGCGAGGCGGAUAUGCGAAACCGGGAA